UUAUUUUCACUCCAAAGUAGCAGCCAAAAGCAGCACUAAAUUUAAUCAAGCUAAAGACAAAACAACAAACAUUCUUUGCAAUCAUUGAUGUGCCAUUGUCGCUUGAAUAACUGAGGUGCGCACGUCAGUUGUCAAAAAAUACAAUAUAAAUAAAUAAACAACAACAAACCUGGCAAAGGCAAUAACAUUUAUGCGCGGUGUCGUCAUCAUAGACAAACAGACCAAAUAUAAACAUUUAAUUCGCGCUACUAAGUGAACACGUACAACAAACAGCAGCAAUAACAACAGUGAAAACAAAACAACAACACUGCAGGAAUGUGGCGCAGCACACAUGUUAACGUUGACAUUACAAAUAAUGCUGGGAGUGGCGCUGCCGGCGCUGGUGGGGGCGGCAUACAACGCAGCUCAUCGACACAUUUUCAAAAAAAUCACCAGCAACAGCUUCAUCAUGCACAUCAAACGCAUUACAAUGAUGGCACAACAACAGCAACAAACACACAAACAACACCUGUCGGCAUGACCUCAAAGCAAUUGUCCCAAUUGCAACGCGAUCGUUUCUCCUCCUCACAGGCCAUUCUACAAGAUGCCAUAGCCGAAUCGAAGAUAAGUUUGCAUGUGAAUUAUCGGCAUAGCGGCGUCAAUGGCAACAGCAGCAACAACACCAACAAUAGUAGUAGUAGUAACAAUAAAACGGAUCAUCACAGCGGUGCCAUAUCGGCACAGCCACGCCCGCGUCCCGUCUCCAUGUACGAGCAGUAUCGUUCGCGGCCAUAUAGCGGCGCUUUGGACUCGCCACCGCCACUAACGCCAGCAGCAGCGGCCGCUAUAGCGCUCGGCCGCAGCGAGAGUUUUUAUUUUGGUGAGAGCGCACAAAAUGUGGCCGCUUUGCGGCAACAACAUCAGCAAAUGCAAUUUCAACAUAACAGCAACAACAACAAACAGUCAUAUCAACUACCACAACAGCAGCAGCAGCAGCAACAACAACAGCAACGUUAUGCUAAGCAAAUGCAGGCGUCAAACGCUGUUACCGCCGUAAACGUUGGAAAAUCGCCAGCACGACGUGCAAAUCUGCGCCAAUCUCCCAGCGAACUGAAAGUGGAUCCCGAGCUAAUUUUCACGAAGCAAGAAAGGAUCGGGAAAGGUUCCUUCGGCGAGGUAUUCAAAGGCAUCGACAAUCGAACGCAACAGGUCGUGGCGAUCAAGAUAAUUGAUUUGGAAGAGGCGGAAGAUGAGAUCGAAGAUAUACAACAGGAAAUUAUGGUACUGUCACAAUGUGACUCACCGUUCGUUACGAAGUACUAUGGAUCGUACCUUAAGGGUACAAAGCUAUGGAUAAUUAUGGAGUAUUUAGGCGGCGGUUCGGCGCUGGAUCUAAUGAAAGCUGGUUCUUUCGAGGAAAUGCACAUCGCAAUCAUAUUGCGAGAAGUGCUAAAGGGUCUGGACUAUCUGCAUUCGGAACGCAAAUUACAUCGAGACAUCAAAGCGGCCAAUGUAUUGCUAAGCGAAAUGGGUGAUGUAAAGUUGGCUGAUUUCGGUGUUGCUGGCCAGUUGACGAACACAACGUCGAAACGUAAUACAUUCGUAGGUACGCCAUUUUGGAUGGCACCCGAAGUGAUAAAGCAGUCCAUGUACGAUUCCAAAGCGGACAUUUGGUCACUGGGCAUCACAGCAAUUGAAUUGGCCAAGGGUGAGCCGCCCAAUUCGGAGUUGCAUCCAAUGAGAGUUUUAUUUUUGAUACCGAAGAAUAAUCCUCCACAACUAACGGGAAACUAUACGAAAUCGUUCAAAGAUUUUGUGGAAGCGUGCCUUAAUAAGGAUCCUGAAAAUAGACCGACAGCCAAGGAACUAUUGAAAUAUCCUUUUAUCAAGAAAGCCAAGAAGAACUCGUACCUUAUCGAUUUAAUUGAUCGUUAUAAAAAAUGGAAGCUGCAGAAGGGUGAUGAAAGCGAAACCGAAUCGGAGAAUUCAGAUUCUGACGAAUCGAAACCCGGCGGCAAUAAUGACGAACCUUGGAUAAUGACCGUCAAAGGGCUCAGCAUCAAUAAUGCGCCACGCGAAUCGAUUGCAAAUAGCAGCUUUAAGGAGAUGGAACACAUGAAAAUAGCACAGAAAUUAUCACAAAGCAGCGGAGCAACGCCGAUCGCAAUUAAUGCGGCCAACAAACACUAUCCGGGUAGCGGCGCAACUUCGGUAGCGUUGUCACCGUCCGCCACAUCGCAACAACAGCAAUUGCACGACAACAUGGCGGGCAGUCCGCCCGGUAAAGCUACGCUAACAUCAUCGUCCUCGUCCGCAGCUACGCAACGCGAUACCAACUUAAAUCAUUACAAACAAGCAGCGGCUUCGGCUGGUGUACUACGCUCAUCCAGCUCUAAUAUAACGCAUCAACCGCUCAGUCCAACACAUAAGCAAUCGUCGGGCAGCCAAGAACUGCUAUCGUCGUCGAGCGGCAGCAAUUCGCCAAAUGCUGAUGGCAUGAAGAAGAUCAGUAAUAGCAGCAGCAGCAAUGCGGUCUUCCAAGAGUCCAAAUCGAACCUAAGGCAGAGUCGCUCCGCUUCACUAGAUGACGAACACGAACAGCGACGCUCAUCGCUCAUCGAGCAUGCCAAAAGCGAAGAUCAACUGCGUGAAGAAGAAACGCGUGCGCAGCGGCGUAGUAUGCAUGCCAGCGGCGUGUCAUCCAACUCGUCGCCGAUGCUUAGCUCCAGCUCGAGUGGUGGCAAUUAUAAUGGCAAUGCAGCAUUGUCGAAUAGUAGUGCGCAUGGCGAGCGUUCAUAUGGCGCAGCAUUGGAAGUGUCCGCAUCGGCGUCUGCCUCCGCCACAGCUGUGUCGUCCAAUAAUUCCAAUCACAAAUUGGGUGGCAAUCGUGUGAUGCAGACGAAUAGCGCAUGUCUGAACAAUUUCCUCUUUCCAGUUCUUACAGAUAUUCAACGAAAGUACGCCAAUUCGAGCAAAAAUUCAAACGUUACGGACAUUGGUGACUUAAAGUCAGUAUUGGAAUUGGCCGAGCGUAGCAGUCCAGGUGUCAGUGAUUUGUUCCUCAAAGAGAUAAUUCACAAACUAGUUCCAGGCUACUCAGAGACGCGUAUUAACAAUAUUAUGGACAGGGCUAUCAGAAAUAAGAAGUAAACGAACACAAUGGUACAUGGACUGAUUUUAAAUAAAAACAACAACAACAACACGAAAAAAUAUCUAAAUGUUAUGAUAUUUAAAUAAUAAAUAUACCAGUUUGGAGCGAUUGGAACAUGUGCAUAUAGCAAAUAUUUUAGAAAUUGCGACAAAUGCGCAACUAAGCGAUAUAACACUUUAAAAAGAAAAGAAAAAGUAACUCCAUACCUAAAUAAAUUUAAAUAUAUAUUUAAAAGAAAUUUAACAAAAAGAAAAUAUGAUAAAACCACAACAACAACAACAGUGUACUACCCCCGCAAUAUUGUUUGUUAUGAUAGUGUAAUAUUUAUUGGAUUCCAAAUAAAUCGUUGUCACACUGAUGCGUGCCGCGAUAAGCUGUUAGGUUCUCGUUUGAAGAUUAAUUAAUUGUAGAUAAUUUGAUGAAAUCAACUAUUGCAUACGAUGAUACAUUAAUUAGUGUGAAUGUAAAAUGCAAAAUACAUAUUAAAUUUAAAGAACUCUUAUAUAAAACAAACAAAAUAAACAAAACAAAUUGACUUAUUUGUGUAGUGUUUAGCUAAAUCCGCUGCAGUGAGAGAUAUGCCUGUUGGCACAAUCCCACACACGGUUUUCUAAUAUAUAUUUCACAAGUUGAUUUUUUUUUUUUUGCAAAUGCACCACUGAAAUUGCAGUUUUAGCCUUAAAACAAGGAUACAGCGUAAAAAAAUUCUUUAAUUUCAAUUUAAACCGCAUCUAAAGCUUACUUUCUCACAUAUUUUAUAUAGAUCUUUUGCACUGAAUUUUCAGUUUUAGCUCUAAAGUAAGGAUAUAACCCAAAUAAGUACUUCAAUUUCAAUUUAAACUGCAUCGGAAUCUUAAUUUUUUAUUUCCCCCAUAUAUUUUAUAUGGAUCUUUUGCAAUAAAUCUUUUAUCUGCAAAACAUAUAUACAUACAAGUUUGAAAAAGUGAUAUUCUAAUACAAAAUAUUCCGCUUUACAAAAAAUUUCUUAAUACUUUUUUUCAUAAACGCAUUCCUUUAAAAGUUAUACGCAGUUAAAGUUAUAUGCCAAGUGGCCUUAGCAUUCAUACAAGUGAUUUAUACAUUCUAUGUUGCUCAUACGACAUGGUGUACUAUAUGAAUACAGUACAUUUGAUGUAUAACUUUAACUGCGUAUAACUUUUAAAGGAAAGUUUUCAUGAAAAUAAUACUAGAAACUUUUUUGCAGAACACUAAAUUUUGUAUUAGAAUAUCUUAUCUAUUUUUUAAAGUUGUAGAUUUAUUUGCUUCAUGCAAAAUAUCAAAAUAUCCCAUGUUAUAUAUGUAUGUUUAUGGCAAAAGAAAUAUGACUUAGGCACGGUUUAAACUAAAAAUAAAAAGCUUGUUUACAUUGAAACCCUAUUUUUAUGCCAAAAACUGAAAUUUCAGGCGAGUUUUGCCAAACAAAAAUCAACCUAAGAAAUAACGGACACCCUAAUAUACAUACAUAUGUAUAUGUAUACUUAUAUCUAUGUAUGUAGUUAAAAUUAAAUUUAAAUUAAAGCAUAACCACGUGGCAGAUGCGAAAUUGUAUGAGUUCGUUUUUUUUAUAAUUUAGUAAUUUUGUUUUGUUUUUGUAUUAAUUCACACACUUAAUAUUAGUUGUAAUUGUAAAAGUUAUAAAGAUAAAGUAACGUACAUAUACAUAUAUAUGAAAAAGGAAUGAAGAAAAUAACUAAAAAUUAUAAUUUAAAGAAAACGGUCUAUGUAAAAAAUAUAGUAAACUAUGUGGCAAUGUAAAAUUGAAACUAACAUGAAUGCAUACAUACCUACAUACAAUAUUAAUACUAAACAAAAAAUAAAUAAAAGAUAAUAGUAUUUAGCAAUAAAACCUACAAUACUUACAUACAUGCAUACCUAUUUGAAAAAUCAGUAACAAAAAAAUGGGCAAAACGACAAGCAAGUAAAUAACAGUAAUGGCAAAUAGUUUUAACAAAGCAACAACAGUAAGAAAAACUCUAUUGAAGUAAUACAAAUAAAUUAUCGGACAAUAUUAUAAAGACUA